AUGGAUAAUAGUAUUAAUCAAGAAGCAAUUGUUGAUGACAAUGCAUCUGUGAAUAAUAACUUGCCUGUCAAUCCUCCUAUUUUGAAUGAUGCUACUAAUCAUAAUCCCCCUAGCUUUAACGAUAUUUUCAAUGGAGGUGGAAUUCACAAGAUGAAGAAACAUCUAGCAAAGAUUACUGGAGACGUAAAAAAAUGUCCUAAAGUUCCAUAUGAUGUGGAAAAACAGAUAAAAAGUUUAUUGAAAGAAAUUCAGACCAACAAAAACAAAAGAAAAGUAAGCUUUAGUGAAGAAGGUGGUGAUGAGGUGAUACAUGAGGUUGAUAAAUGGUUUGCUCAAUGGCUUUUGGAUUGUAAAAUUCCAUUUAAUGCUGUGAUGUUGCCAUUUUUCCAAGAUAUGUUGGAUUGUGUUAUUGGUAUUGGACCUGGUUACAAGGGUCCCUCUUAUGAUAAGUUAAGGAUUCACUUGUUGGCUGAUCUUAAAAGAGAAUGUCAAAUGCUAGUUGAUAGUUAUAGGAGUGCAUGGAGAAAAACUGGAUGUACCCUCAUGGCUGAUGAUGCUUCCAGUAUCAUAAAAAAUGCUUCACACUUGUAUAGUUUGUUUUCUGAGGUGAUUGAAUGGAUUCACUCUAAUGAUAUUGUGCAUGUUGUGACUGAUAAUGCGGCCAAUUAUGUUGUUGUAGGAAGGCUUAUCAAUAAGAAAUAUGAUAAUAUCAUAAAAAGACCUAAUUGGAGAGAAAUUGUACGUCCUGGUGCAACCUGUUUUGCAACUGUGUUUAUCAUAUUGAAGAGCAUCUUUGAGCGUAAAGUGGAUUUGCUUGUUGAUGCUGAUGACAAACCAUCUUUGGGAUAUAUUUAUGAAGGAAUGCUAAAGGCGAAUGAUGCAAUUAAAGAGAUAUGGGACAAGCAUUUGAAGAAAAAUCUUCAUGCAGCAGCUUACUUCUUGAAUCCUGCAUUCUUUUUUAAUGAAAAUUAUAAAGAAGCACCUGAUGUUAUGCGAAGUUUGAUUGAUCUUGUUACCUUGUAUUGCAAGUAUAACAAUUUGAAUUCAAUUGAGGCAAUGAAAGAAUUACAUUUAUAUAGAGAUCGGAAGGAAAGCUUUGAUAGACCAGAAGCUAUUCGAGCUGCAUCUAAACUUAAGCCUGGUGAUAUUGAUGCUGAUUUAUAUCAAAGUGACGAUGGUAGUAGUGGUCUUUAUGCUGCAUCUCUUAAUUCUUCUGCUCAAGAGGGUGGAAAUGAAGGUGAAGAUGAUCCCACCGAAGCAAAUUUGCAACAAAUUCUUGCAGAUUUUGAUGAUUGA